UCGAGUACGCGUGUAUACUACUCUACGCACAGUUGUUUCCCGUACGCAUAACUUCCGUCUCGCGUGCGAACGUUCCGUAUUUAUUUUAGUAUUCCGUGAAAGAUGGGUGAACCAUCAGGAUUGACUAAUAGUGAAGCCCGUGAGCUUUGCAAGGCUCCGGAUCCUGCGACAAAUGGAUUCAUCAUGCAACAGACAAUGUAUCGUAUCAAGGACCCAAGAAAAUCUUUGCCAUUUUACACUGAAGUGCUCGGUAUGACUCUGCUGCAGAAGCUUGAUUUUCCAGAAAUGAAGUUCUCUUUGUAUUUUCUUGGAUAUGAGAAUCAGAAGGAUAUACCAACUGAUAGGAGAGAAAGCAUUGAGUGGACAUUCAGUAGAAAAGCAACUAUAGAGCUAACUCACAAUUGGGGAACGGAAACAGAUCCAGAUGCAAAAUAUCACAGUGGAAACUCAGAUCCUAGAGGAUUUGGUCACAUUGGAAUAGCAGUACCUGAUGUAGAAAAAGCAUGUGAAAGGUUUGAGAAGUUAAAUGUGGAAUUUGUAAAGAAACCAAAUGAUGGAAAAAUGAAGGGACUUGCUUUUAUUAAGGAUCCUGAUGGUUAUUGGAUCGAAAUUCUGAACGGGGGAAACAUUUCAAAUACAAUGUUAAGUAUGGUAGAAGAUAAAAAAUAUGAAAUUGCAAGCCGUAUCGAGUGUGAUGGAUACCGGGGUACAUUGAAAUACGUUGGACCCGUUGGAAACACGAAGGGAGAGUGGCUGGGCAUCGAUUGGGACGAUUCAACUCGUGGCAAACAUAAUGGCACAUAUGAAGGAGUAGAAUAUUUUCAAGCAAGACAUUCCACAUCAGGUUCUUUUAUACGACCAGGCAAAGCCAAGUUUGGGAUAUCUUGCCCACAAGCCAUCAAAAUGCGCUAUGGGCUGGUUGAUGAUGAAUUAGCAGGCAUAGACAGGGAUGAGGUGACAAGUUUAAAAAAGGAAAUUAACGCACCAUUUUUAGAGCUUGUUGGUUUCUCCAAAGUAAAUAAGAAGCAAAGUAAAUUUGAUCAGUUGAAGAUAGUAUGGCUGAGAGAACAGUGUGUAAGCAAUGCAGGCAAACCAGGAGAAUUGAAAGAAUUGUGCCCAAAUUUGGAAGAAUUAGAUAUAUCUAGAAAUUUAAUGAAUUCAUGGAAAAUUAUAGUGGAUAUAUGUUCUCAGCUUCAUUCUCUUGUACGCCUUAAUGUUAGUGAGAAUCAUUUGCCCAUUGAAGAAGAUGUGGCAGCAUUGAAAGACUCAUUUCCGACAGUUAAGCACUUAACCAUAGCUAGGAUGAAUUAUUACUGGUCUGAUAUUCAGCAAUGUAUAUUUAUGUUUUCAUCGGUUGAAGAACUAUCAGUCUCUUUUAAUAUUGUUACAACUAUAGACUACCUACCGGCAAAUAGCAAUUUAAUGAAAAUGGUUACACUAAUACUCGAAGGAAAUUUAAUAUCAAGUUGGGAUGAAAUACUUAAAUUAGGUUCUCUUCCAUGCUUAGAAUAUCUUAAUUUGAAUUCAAAUAAAAUAGACAGAAUUAGAUUUCCAUCUUCGACCGUAAUUGACAAGAAGACUGCACUUUUUCCUACUUUACGUCAACUGCACAUCUCGGAAAACCACAUAUCAGAGUGGCAAUCAAUUAGCGAACUGGAUAAACUAUCGAAUUUAGAAGACUUAAAAUUCAGAGAAAAUCCCAUUUUGAAGAAUGAGACUGCAGAGACUGCUCGACAAUUGAUAAUCGCAAGAAUAGCGAAAUUAAAGAUUUUAAAUAGCACAGAGAUACCUCACGACGAAAGGAGAGGUGCUGAAUAUGAUUAUUUAAAAUUGUAUUUACCAAAAUGGCUAGAAACUGAAAGUAAUUCAGAGAGAAGAACGUUAUUUACGAAUGAACAUCCACGAUAUUCCAUCCUAGUCGACAAAUAUGGAACUGCAGGUAUUCCCUCGGCUAAACCAAAAGUAGAAAUGAUUUCCAACGUGAUUACGGUGGAAUUUGUAUGUCCGGAUGAUCCGCGUCAGCCUCGAGGGGUUAAAAGGAAGUUACUUAAAGACAUGGAGGUCCAAAAAAUGAUAGGACUUGCUCAGAGACUUUUCAAGACCGGUGGAAAAAUACCUGCUCUUUCGUUUAUUCCGCGGAAUUUAUCGAACGAUGAAAUUUCGUUGGACAAACCGCUGCAAGAGCUUAGUUAUUAUUCAAUACAAGACGGUGAUCAAGUUCUCGUGAGAUGGUGAUAUCAAAUUAAUUAUUUAUAGAUACGACUGUAUUUUCUACGCUGUUAAAGUCUGCUCCAUGAUAUUUUGUUAUUAAACUUUUUUUAAUUGCAUAGCAUCUCCUUAAUGAGUUAAUCUUGCUAACAAAUUGUGGCAAUCGUCGAGGUAAGCCAAAUGAGAAAGGUGCUUGCCGUUAUUGUAAAAAGUAUUUGUUAUAUAUUUUACAUUCCUUAUGAUACAGUUGCAAUUGCAAAAGUACAAAUUACAAAUAGGCGUUUGUACAACAAACAACAUGAUAUAUAUUUUCUGUAGUCAUCUUGCCUGUGAAGUAAAAGUAAGUAAAAGUGGA